UUUCUGUCAAGGUUGACGACCAAUGUCGGGCAGCCCUCGACGUGCAGCAUAGUUAGAGCAGAGGAAUUCAUGAACGGCAGCGGCAGCAGCGGGAAGAGGAGGGCAAGCAGAGGGGAGGAACCGAGGGCCGAGUCGGAGGAGAGGGGGGCGCGUGCCCCCUGGGCGCCGCGCGUUGCUGAAAGACGGCCAGGCUCGGUGGACGAGCACCGCAGCGUGGCCAAAUACCGCAGGGCGAGCACGCCGCGGGCUGGCCCUUGUCAGAGCAGGAGAAGGAGCAGGAGGAGGAGAAGCAGGGGAAGUGGGAGAGUAUUUUCAUAUUGUGUAAUUGUAGAGGAGAAACCAACGCCUGGGAUGCCUCUGUGAGGCAGUCCCUGGGAUGCCUCUGUGAGGCAGUCCUGAACCCGUCUGGCUCCACCAGUUUCAUUUAUACGGCCCAGCUACCACGGCAUCAGUGUGCAGGCCACGGCGGCGCUGCGUCGACAAGCAACCUUGCACUGCACUCGGAAGUGCACCCAGCCGAAAGCAACAGGGGAAAGCGAAUGGACCGGGCGCAGGCGUGGAAUUGUAGGCGGUAGCAGAGGUGUAGAAGUUGUCGCCAGCCGUUGCAUACGCAAGUAUUGACAACGUAUCUCAGACGGCGAUCGCGGCGACACCAAUCAGCAGCAGGACGGCGAGGGCGGCCAGGGAAGCCUGGACGGCGGAGUCUGCGUCGAGGUUCUCGCUGUCGAGGCCGCUGCCGCCCAGGCUCGGGCUCGGGCUCGGGCUCAGGCUCGGGCUCGGGCUCGGGCUCGGGCUCGGGCCCGGGCCGCCGCUGGCACAAAAGGCGCACUGCUCGGCCGUCUUGCUUGCAGCGAAGACGUUGUCCGCGAAGCUACCCACAUUAGUUUCCGGGCAGUAGUAGCAAAGCGUCCAGUCGCCGCCCUUGUCGUUCCGGGGUCCACGGCCGCAGCCGAGCCGGACGGAAGACUUCCAGACGAGCGUGGUGUAGCCUCUGCAUUGGCCGGUGUACUCCGGAACCACCCCCGUGCCACCGGGGGAAUUCUCAAUCUCUGCAUACCAUCUCCCCGCCGCCUCCGCCGCAGUCUCAUCAGACGACCACGCGUGGAGCUCGGUGCAAUAUUCGUCGCCGACAUAUCCGCUGGUGAGAUCAUAUUCGCCAGCGUCCACGUGCGCCUGCGCGGUGGCAGCAGCAGCGUCGUCCCACUCGAAAAAAGGCACGUCGUGCAUGCAGCGGAAGGUGUUGUGCGCUUCCAGGAUUUCUGUCAUCCAGUCCGCACUCAACCCGACCUCGCUCGGGCUCAGGCACGGGGUCGGCGCUGCGGUCGGGGUCGGGAUCGGAUCGGUCGGGUUGUUCGGGUCCGCGCACUGCGCGGCCGUCCUGCUUGCAGGGAAGACGUUGUCCGCGAAGCUACCCACAUUAGCUUCCGGGCAGUAGUAGCAAGCCGUGUAGUCGCCGCCUCUGUCGUUCCGGGUUCCACGGCCGCAGCCGAGCUUGGUUGAAGACUUCCAGACGAGCGUGGUGUAGCCUCUGCAGCUGCUGGAGUACUCCGGAACCGCCCCCGUGCCACCGGGGGAAUUCUCAAUCUCUGCAUACCAUCUCCCCGCCGCCUCCGCCGCAGUCUCAUCAGACGACCACGCGUGGAGCUCGGUGCAAUAUUCGUCGCCCACCAAUCCGCCGCUGAGCUCCAAUACGCCAGCGUCCACGUGCGCCUGCGCGCUGGCAGCAGCAGCGUCGUCCCACUCGAACAGCGGCACGUCGUGCAUGCAGCGGAAGGUGUUGUGCGCUUCCAGGAUUUCUGUCAUCCAGUCCUCGCUGAUCCCGGUCGCGGCCCAGGCAAGGCAGAGCAGCCACAGGAGCGAUGCCGCGAGCACAGCCAUGGCGGCUCGGACGGUAGGGGCACUCGGCGAGAGGCGGAACCAGAAUUGCUCGAAUCAAAAUGGCUGCGGAGAUGUGCCAUGCCGCGAUUGUGCUCUAUAGCGUUGUGGAUCGAGUUCUGCUUUGCAUCCGAGUCCUGACCGAUCUGAUCUGGGUCGUAAGCUCGAGCUGCCUGAGCAAAUAGUAGCUGCCCUAGAGCUGAUUGGCAAGGAGACAUGCCAGGAGGACGCGCCGCGGAACGUCCCAAGGGACGCGCCAGGCGACGUGCCAGGGGACGUGCCAUGGGCACGCACCGCGGGACGUGCCAAAGGGACGCGCUAAGGAACGUGCCACGGGACGUGCCGCGGGACGUGCCAGGGGACGCGCCGCGCGACGUGCCGGGGGGACUCGCCACGGAACGCGCCAAGGAACGUGCCAAAGUGCAAUGUUGAGUGUAUCGAUCUUGAUGUACCGUGCCGACGGCUGUG